CCGGUACAUAUCCAAUUGACUGUACACAGCUCGAAUUCGACCUCUCCCAUAUCGCGCCGCGAUGGCUGACGCCUCCGAGGCACCCGAAACGCUCGAAACGCUCCAAGCGCGCCACCGCAAAGAACAGCGCGACCUCGUCUCUCGCAUCACCCAAAAGAAGAAGCAAGCCUCCAAGAAAACGCGCAAAGGUGUCAAUGACGAGUGCGAGCGCCUAGAACAAGAACUCAAAGAGCGACAAGCGCGCGAGCUUGCGACUUUCAACGGCGAGAAUCCGCACGAGGAGCCAGCGCUUGAGGAGGAGCAGGAUAUAGCAGAAGUCGAGGAGGGGCAGGUCAACGGGGUUGCAAUGGCGGUGGAGAACCUCACAAUAGACUCAGGUAGGGAGCAAAAGCAUACAACCGAGCAGAAUGGGCCCAAGAAAAAGAAAAAUCGCGCAAAGGAGCGUCUCGCGCGCCGCGCCGCAGAACAUGAUGCGCUCGUUGCGCAGGCGAAGGAGGAGGCUGCCAACAUGCCCGACCUGCGCGAACAGGAGCGCACGCGGAUGGAGCAGCAUUUUGGCAAAUACGGGGUCGAGGUCAAGGAAAUACGCGCAGACGGACAUUGUCUGUAUGCUGCGGUCGCGGAUCAGAUGGAGACGCGGGGUUUAGGGCUCAAACCACGGAUACAGGUCAAGACGCAGGAGGAGGCAAAGCUGCCCGACUACAAGAGGGUGCGAUAUGCCGCGGCUGACCUCAUAGAAAGCCAUCCGGACGACUUUGCGGGUUUCAUGGAGGAGCCGCUGGAUGUUUAUUUGCAAAAGAUACGAGAAACAGGCGAGUGGGGCGGGCACAUGGAGCUCAUGGCGUUGGCAAGAUCAUACGGCGUCAAUAUCAAUGUUCUACAUAGCGACGGCCACGUGGACAAGAUCGAGCCAGGUGACGACGUGAAGGACGAAGAUGACAAGGAGAUCUGGCUGGGAUACUACCGCCAUAGCCAUGGCUUGGGCGAACACUACAACUCUUUGCGCAAUGUUUCAUGAGCCACCGAGCGGAUCUACAGAUCUGCACAACCGGGGGCCAAAUGCAACCCAGCUACGGGGGCUGCCCCUACUUAUGCCACACGCUCACCCAGUCCUUUACUUCGCCGUUAA